ACGAAGUUGGAAGGUAGUGUGUGGUGGAGGCAUUGAUUUUUUUCUUACUUAAAACAUAAUACCUACACGGCUUAUUAAUCAUGAUAGAAUUUAAUACAUGCUGCUUUUGCGUGCCGCUGAGGACCGGGUGCUUGAUCCUGGGGUAUUUGCAUCUGAUUGCGUCGAUAAUCCUCGCCAUCGUUUCCAUUGUCACUCUGGCGGCCGUAGGCGCUGUAGUUGCGUCUACAGACCCCGAGAACAUCAAUGACAGUGCAGUGGCCGCCAUCAUAGCUGUUUACGUCAUCGUGCUUAUACUGGUCGCGGUAUUGCUGACGUUCUCAAUUCUACUGGUUGUUGGAUUGCAUAAGGAACGCCGUGGCUUUGUGAAGGCUUACCUGAUAUACUAUUUGAUCUUCAUCAUCCUCUACUCCAUAAUGUUCGUGAGAUGUUCAACAUUGCCACCCGACGCGGGCUACAUCGUCGGCACAUUGAUCCAGAUACUGCUCAGCGUAUACUUCCUACUAGUUAUCAGAAGCCACUGGGUCACGAUGGGCGAAAGCAACUUCAACAGCGCUUAAAUAUUGUGAUGAACGGACGUGUUAAACGUCUGUAGAUAAACAUGGUUGCCUGGAAGAGAUCGUUACUUAGCGAUAAGGCCGCCUUUUUGUAUCCUACUUUUAAGUUUCCUUUUGUCCAUUGUUUUUUUUAUCUCUUUGUGGUGUUUAAAUAAAUAAAUGGCUACUAUCAGAGAACGAGAAAAACAUAGAAGCAGCCAUUUUUAUCAAAUUGCUAUUCGAUUUAGGUAGUAGAUACAGUCUGCAUUCGCAUUUUCCUUAGAUCGAUACUUUUAGAGAAAUAUCGCAGUGAUAUCUAUAACUAAACUGACUGACUAACUACCGUGGCUAGUAAGCGAUAAGGCUAACCUAACAAUUAUUCAGUGUAAAGUCAACAUCUCCUGGAUGCUCCGGUUUCGGAGCGAAACGUGCGUAGCAAGUACAUUGCCGAAGAUCUGUUUGGUGUGGCGUAUAAGGAUUGAAGAAAUUAUA